AUGGAAGCAAAAGUUCACAAUUUCUCUCCUAUUUUUUCACCGUUUCGACCCCUAACAAACCCUAAUUCCUCUAUCAAACUCUAUCAUCCUCGAAAUUCCAGCUUAUCCAUACCUCAAUCGAAAUCAGCAAAGCUAAGGUUUCGAUUAUCGCCACUGUUAGCGUCGUCGAGUUCUGUCACCAACACUGAUACUUCGAAUGUCCAAAGAGGAGAAAAUGAGAGGAGUGUGAGUCCAGUUUAUGUGCCUACGCCUCAUAAUCGCGAGCUCCGUACUCCUCAUAGCGGGUAUCAUUAUGAUGGGACAACGCGGAAAUUUUUUGAAGGUUGGUAUUUCAAAGUCUCGAUUCCCGAGCGUAAACAGAGUUUCUGCUUUAUGUACUCGGUGGAGAACCCGGCGUUUCCUAAGAAAUUGACUGCCUUGGAAACCUUACAGCAUGGACCUAGAUCGAUUGGUGUUGGUGCUCAGAUGCUUGGGGCUAAUGACAAGUAUAUUUGCCAAUUCUCUGAAGAAUCUCAAAAUUUCUGGGGAUCUAGGCAUGAGCUGAUAUUGGGGAAUACUUUUGUUGCUGAGAAAAACAUGAGGCCUCCGACCAAAGAGGUUCCUCCUCAGGAAUUUGAUAAAAGAAUUUUAGAAGGAUUUCAAGUCAGCCCAAUUUGGCACCAAGGCUUUAUUCGUGAUGAUGGCAGUAGAGGAAUAUCAAACCCAUUCCUGUCAGAUUAUGUGGAAACUGUGAAAACUGCACGUUGGCAGUACAGUACUCGGCCAGUUUAUGGAUGGGGUAAUGUUGGGUCUACACAGAAGUCAACUGCAGGGUGGCUUGCUGCUUUUCCUGUAUUUGAACCACAUUGGCAAGCAUGCAUGGCAGGAGGACUUUCAACAGGCAUUAACUAUUCUUGCUUCUGUUUUGUGGCCCUUUUUGUUGACACAGUGGUGAGCAGUACUGUGAUGGAGGUUCCAUGCUUUCUAGGGAAUAAUGCCUUGGGCUUUGAUUGGAUUGCAGGCUGGAUAGAGUGGGGUGGUGAAAGAUUUGAGUUUAAAGAUGCUCCUUCUUAUUCAGAAAAGAACUGGGGUGGAGCCUUCCCAAGAAAAUGGUUUUGGGUUCAGUGUAAUGUCUUUGAAGGUACAAGUGGAGAAGUUGCUUUGACUGCAGCUGGUGGGUUAAGGCAAAUACCAGGAGUAAAUGUGACUUUUGAAAAUGCUGCAUUGAUUGGAGUACACUAUGAUGGAAUUUUCUAUGAAUUUGUGCCAUGGAAUGGUGUUGUAAAUUGGGAAAUUUCUCCAUGGGGCUACUGGUAUAUGGCUGCAGACAAUGGGACACAUUUGGUUGAAUUGGAGGCAACAACAAAGGAUUUGGGAACAACAUUGCGUGCUCCAACAGCAGAAGCUGGGCUUGCUCCUGCUUGUAAAGAUACCUGUUUUGGUGAUUUGAAAUUGCAAAUUUGGGAACGUAGAUUCGAUGGCACUAAGGGGAAGUUAAUUUUGGAUGUUACAAGUGACAUGGCAGCAGUAGAAGUCGGAGGAGGACCAUGGUUUAACACUUGGAAAGGCAAGACAUCUAUGCCAGAGCUUGUUAGCCAUGCUGUCGGAGCUCCCAUUGAUUUGGAUGAAAUUUUCAGAUUUGCUCCACUGUUCAAGCCCCCUGGUUUGUAA